CAAAGGGGUCCUGUCUAGAUUUAAUCCGGCCAUAUGCUCGAAUGGCGUUUCUCUCAAAGAUCAGCCCUGCCAUUUCACCCCUCGUUUGACGAUCAACCGACGAGCAGUCACCGGAAUAGAGUGGGGCAGAUUGCAGGUAGAUUAAAAUACAAGGUCUUUGCGGUCUUGGUAUUCUCCAUUUACCCGCACAGAGCAAACAGCAGCAUCCGGCAUUUCAUCGAAGCAAUAAUAAGCUUUCUAUAUGCCCGUGCCACAGCGGUCUUGCAGUCCUUGCCUGGAUCGAGGCCGUCACUUUCAUCCGCAUGACUACCUUAGGUAUAUAGACACUCGGUCUUCCGCCCUUUGAAUCUUGCCCCAGGGUUUGUCCCUUCACCGUCAACCAAACACAACAUAUUCAAGAUGCGGUUCUCACUCGUCCUUCUCGCCCCGAUCCUCGGCGCCGUCGCUGCCCCCACCACCGACCUCGACAAGCGAGAGAACCUCUGCCACUUGCGCACCCCUCCCCAGCUUUGCACCCCUAACCCAAACACCACCGUCGAAGAGACCGCCAUCAGGGCCUACAAGUUCUACCGUGCCUUUGUCACUGACGGAGACCCGAGGACCAUGUUUUCACUGAUCGACAACGUCUACAAGCAAAACACCCCUGGAUAUCAGUCUGGACCCAACGUGAUCUGGCCCCUGUUCUGCAACGGCCGUCGUAUUGGCACUGAGCAGGCCACGGCCUGGUGUUUCGAUGCCAGCACCAACAUGAGUUACGCGAGAUACAGCGUUACGGACCGGUGGAGGUGGGUUGAUGGGUGUGUGCAUGAGCAUUGGGACCAAGGCGAGCGUAUCCCGGCGCAGGAGAAAUGCUACCAGCUUCCAGCGGGCAUUGUUGGCAAGCCGUUGGCGGAAAUUUGA